AUGGUGCACGAAGGUCUUCUGUGCGAGGCGACCGAAGACGAAGUGGCCUUGGUGCGUGAGGAAUUGGGUUUUGUGCCUAAUAAUUUGGUAAGAGUAAGCGCAUUUGUGGACAACAAGGGUCAGACAUCACGAAGUCGCAUCUCGGCUGCCCAUCGUCCUGCUGUGUUACUGCUCUACCCACUGCGCAAUGCCGAGGAUGCAUACAAGAAGAAGCAGCGUGCUAAGGUGGAACCUUUUCCGACCAUUUACUGGCUGGUUUCAACAUAUUUAAAGGCCUGUGUAUCCACGCUGGAAGAUCAACAGUUUGUACUGACGCUGCAGCAUCGACUGGAUGCCGAUGAAAUCGCCAAAGAGAAAAUGGCGCAAAGCCAUCGCGAAUACGCGGAGCAACGCUGGAAGAUGAUGACUCCUCAUGACGUAAAGCUCGUCAGUAGCAGGGGCUGGGAGUUUGUCUUGCGUGACGUUGGCAUCGCCGGCAUCCGUGAGUUUACCAAUGUCAAGUGUCUCCAUACGCACUACGCACAUUAUCUCGCCACUGGUAAUAACCUCAUUGGCGAAUGGGUACAGCAGCUUCUGGACAGCGCAGCCACCGAGCGGACAAAAGAGCUCAAGUGA